AAUCUUACUUUUUCCAACUUUCCCCCACUAUAUAUUCAUUCUUCUUCACAACCACAACUCCACAUCUAACUCUAUCCAUAACUCCCACAAUUACUCUCUUUUUUUUUUGCAAAAACAAACAAAAAACAUGUUCCCUUCAACUUCCUUCACUUCUCUUCCUCAACAAAUCAUUACCAACCUUCACUAUUCUAGACGAUUACUGCUUAAUUCUGAUAUUCAUUCUUCACCACCUACAAACCAAGCACUAACACCAACCUACCAAGUCCUAGACCCAGGUUCGAGCCAUGGCAAAAGUGGCUUUGAUGCUAACAUAAUCAUGAUCCUCGCAGUAUUAGUAUGCGCAUUAAUAUGCUCAUUAUGUAUUAAUACCUUCAUUAGGUGUGUGAUUAAGUGCUCAGGUAUGAUAACUGGAGAGCCUAAUUACUAUCUAAACAUGAUUAACAACCAUGAUGGUAAGAAGAAAAGUGUUAGUGGUUUGGAUAAAAGGGCAUUGAAGACAUUUCCAAUUGUGAAGUACUCAAAGGAUGUGCAAAUUCAAGGAUUAGGUUCAGAGUGUGUGAUAUGUUUGUCAGAAUUUAAUGGUGGAGAAAAAGUGAGGAUUUUACCAAAAUGCAACCAUGGUUUCCAUGUUAAGUGCAUAGAUAAAUGGCUUAGUUCCCAUUCUUCUUGCCCUACUUGUAGACAAUCUUUAGUUGAAACAUGUCAAAAGAUCAUUGGAUGUGAUCAUGAUCAUCAUACUACUACAUCAUCAACAUCAUCAUCAUCAUCAUCAUCAUCAUCCUCAUCAUCAACAACAGCAUCAUUAAGAGAGGUGGUUGUUGUAAGUAUUGUGCCACAUGAAAGGGAAGAUAUAGUGAGAAAUUAUAGGGGUGAAGUUGCUCAAGAUUAGUCAAAAUUAUUAGUAUCUUAAAAUCAUAGGAGUAGUAUUUUUAGGUUUUUCCUUCAAUUUCAGUGUUAAAGAUGAGGGAGAUUUUUCAAAUUUAAGAUUACUUUUGUUUUGUUGUACAAAUGAUAGAUAUUAGUUCCCAUUGCAAGUGUAAAGAAAAUGAGCAAUUUAUACAAUUACCCUGCUUUGCUA